UGUUGUUUCCUCCCGAAAACAAACCCCUUUUUCUGAAUCGCGAUAAACCCUAAAUUCGAUUCAAUUGGAAUUGGAGGUAGGUAAGGUAUAGGGGAGAAAAUGAGGGGUCGAAUUGGAAUGAUUAGCAGCGGAUCCAAGGAUGUGGCCCGGAGAACGUUUGCUGCAGCAGCUAGUAAAGCCAAGAAAGGUGGGAAAGGAGGAGGAGGAGGAGGAGCUAGUGAUGCUCCUAAAGGAUCGACCCUGAGCAAAGAGAUCAAAUCCACCACCGUCGUUGGAGCUAACACUCUCAAAGAUGGAGCUGAUCCCAAGAUCUUCCCUGACUCUGAUUACCCGCCUUGGCUCUGGCGUCUUCUCGAUACUCGCCCUGCGCUUAGUGAGCUCCGAAGGAAGAACGUCGAGACUCUUCCCUACGACGAUCUCAAACGUUUUGUCAAGCUGGACACCCGAGCCAAAAUCAAGGAUAACAACUCCAUCAAGGCCAAGAACUGAGAUCCUUUGUUUUUGCUUUCGAGUGUAACCCCAAAUCCUUCUUCAAGACAAGAGAUGACUCCGUUGUAGGUUUACCUCUUCAGUUCAGAUUUUAUUGUUUACUGUCAUGGGACCUAUUUUAUAUUAUUGAGAUUUUUGCAUCAAUCUCUAUGUCUCUUGGUGGAGUGGAUACCAACUCUUGUUUGUCGGGUUCAAUAUCUUCACAAUAAAGUUAAAGCAAAGUUUGGAUCAGUA